AUGGUUCGCGCCGCUGCUCACUCGUUGGCCCAUCGGGGGCCACCAACAACGUCACAUUCGCACACUCGGGUUCGCUGGCAACCCUAUUAUGCCACCCUUUCCUCAGUUUCCUCACGCCCCUCUCCUUCAUAUCUCAUUACUCCCGUCUCAUCUGUAUCAUCCAUUUCACCUUCUCCUCUAUCAGCAUCAGUCUAUGAACCAGACCGGCAGCGAAAUCCUCAGUUUCAUCCCCGAGAAUGUCAGCUCCGCGACUCCCAGAAAUCGAAAUAUGUAACUGGUUUAGUCGAUCAAGCUGUAGGAUCUAUAUGCGACAUAUGGAACCCUCAGGAUAUCCCUUUUGUCUUCUUAACAUCUAUUCCACUCCACGGGCGUAAUACUCAGCUCCCCUCUCCCAUAUCUCCAACGACACAGCCAUCUCCCACGCCCGUCCCAUGCAUUCCCGAUUCGUACUCCCUUCAUUCGCCCAAGAUACCCCUGACGCCCGAUUCGAGCGAUCAGGCCCCGCGUUGCGAUGUUGCGCCCAUGAAAGGAUUUGUUCACGAGGUUCUUCGUCGUUCUCGCACGUCAGGCAGCGUUCUGCAGACAGCGCUUUGUUACCUGGAAGCUAUUCGCGCCAAGGUCCCAGAGCUGGUUUCGCAGGAGAAGGGUUGCCCUGGGUCCACUUGCGAAAGGGAAUCGGUUGAACGUAUUUCCCAAGGCGAGGUCAGCGCAUUUUGCGCUGAUCUUGAUGGUCCUACCUCUUCGUCGGAUACGUCGGCAGGCAAUGGCUUGCUGGAUACUAUCCGUGUCAAUCCUAUUACACUUGAGGCCGAUUCUGUAUUCGCAGAGCCGGCACUCGACGCAGACGAGGUGUCUAUGCACAAGCCUAAGCAGAGUAGUGGCUGUUUAACGCCGCUCCCUCCACUUCCCUCGCCGCUUUUGUGUCCUCGUCGCACUUUCCUCGCGUCACUCAUUCUUGCGUCGAAAUUCAUGCAAGAUCGCUGUUACUCGAAUCGUGCAUGGGCUAAACUUUCGGGCCUUCCGCCACGGGAGAUUGGCCGUUGUGAACGUGCUCUGGGCGAGGCGCUUGAGUGGCGCCUCUGGGUCGGCAAGUUGCCUCCAGCGCCGGUUGCUACCGGACGCGCCCUCACAAAGUGCAAGAGCGAAAGUCUCGACUCAUGUUCGGCGACGAUUUCGUCUGCUGUUGAGACUUCACGAUGGAUGCCAACACAAUCGAGCCUGGGAAUGGAUAGCAGUCCGGACAACUCCGAGAUCAGUCCACCGACGCCUGGUCUCAGCUACUCGCCUACGCCCACAGAGUCAUCACUUGGGGAUCGCACCAUUCAGAUGUCAAGUUUUAUGGACAUGUCGACGCCGCCGCCGCCAUCCUGUCAGUUCGCCGCUUUUUCGAGCGCGCAGAACGAUAAGAUGUUGCAGCCGGUACCGAUUCCGUUCAUGUACUCAAUGUCGAACGAUGUGUAUCAGAGUCAUCAUAGGGAUCAGCCGUAUUUUGCAGCGGGUCUGUCGGCAUCACACAACGAAUCCUGGCCUUCAGUAUAUGCUUUUUGA